AUGAAACUUCACAUGCUUUCCCCCCUCCAGGACGAGGAUGAUAGCCACUUCCCUUCUUCGCAAUCAAAAUCCAAGAGGCCGGCGCAUCGUAAUCUCCGGCCCGCGCGGGGCAUCCUCAAGAACAGCAGCAGCAGCAGCGAUACCGACGAGAUUGAUCGCAGCAGCGUCCUGAUCCCGGCUUUUGUCGCCGGUGCCGCGGCUGGUUACUUUCUGUGGCGUGUGGCCGGUUCUUGGUUGUUUUGA